AUAGUGGAAAGGUGAAGUAUGUUGUUUAAUAAAAUCUAGUUGAGAAUUCUUGAUUUAAUUCUUAUUUAGAUAUUUGUGGCAACAUCAGUGUCUUCUUUAAUUACUAAUUUUUGAUUUGAUGUAACUUGGCAGUAACAGUUCUGUAUACCUUUUAAGUCACCAUGGGGAAGAUUAUGAAAGCUGGUAAAGUGGUACUGGUCCUUAGUGGCCGGUAUGCUGGUAAGAAAGCAAUUGUUUUGAAGAAUUUUGAUGAUGGCAGUUCGGACAAACAGUAUGGUCAUGCUUUGGUUGCUGGAAUUGACCGCUACCCGAGGAAAGUACACAAGAAGAUGAGCAAGACCAAGAUCCAUAAGAGAUCUAAAAUCAAGCCAUUCAUUAAGAUGUUGAACUACAAUCAUCUGAUGCCUACGCGAUACACCGUGGACAUCUCUCUGGAAAAGACAACUGUCAAGGACCUGAAAGAUCCCAUGAAGAGGAAGAAGGCCAGGUUCCAAACCAGAGUGAAGUUCGAGGAAAGGUACAAAGCCGGUAAGAACAAGUGGUUCUUCCAGAAGCUACGAUUUUGAAAUGUGGUGUAUGUGUUUUAAAAUCUUGUAUUCGCUAAACUCAACAUAAAUAUGUAAUACAAGAA